UAAGCAGGCCGGGGAAUAUUACCGACUUUCAGGUUGAUAUCAACGCCAUUCAAAGUCGUGUUGUUAGCCCAGUCUCAUAUUACUCACAUUCCAGUCUCUUAUUUACCUUUAAUUGUAGGCCUUCAGCAGGACUCGGGAGUGGCUUUUGGUGACCUCAGGGUGCGCCCUGAGCGCCUGACACGCACAGAGCUGCGCAACGAUCGCGGGCAAGCGCAUAGGUGGGAUCCGGGACAAUGGGUGUGUAGCGACGGAAGAGACAAAACAGCAAAAGAAGAACCUCUCACAGACUUCUUCUAUUUGAUUUUUAGUAAAUAGGAUGUCUAAUCGAGUCAGACCCGGCUACUACCGCCAAGAAGUCAACAAAACAUCAUGGGAAGUACCGAGCCGGUACCGGGAUCUGAGGCAGGUGGGGACCGGGGCGUACGGGACGGUGUGCUCCGCACUGGACUCCAGAACAGACUCCAAAGUGGCCAUCAAGAAGCUAUACAGACCUUUCCAGUCUGAACUCUUCGCCAAGCGGGCCUACAGGGAGCUGAGGCUUCUCAAACACAUGAAACAUGAAAAUGUGAUUGGCCUAUUAGAUGUGUUUACUGCGGACCUCUCUGUGGACAAAUUCCAUGAUUUUUAUCUGGUGAUGCCGUUCAUGGGGGCCGAUUUGGGGAAGCUGAUGAAGAUGCAGACGCUCUCACAAGAAAAAAUUCAGUAUUUGGUUUAUCAGAUACUUAAAGGGCUUAAGUAUAUUCAUUCUGCUGGUAUAAUUCACAGGGACCUCAAACCAGGAAAUAUUGCCAUCAACCCAGACUGUGAGCUAAAGAUUCUGGACUUUGGUUUGGCGCGGCAGACAGACAGUGAGAUGACGGGGUAUGUGGUGACUCGCUGGUACAGAGCCCCAGAGGUCAUCCUGAGCUGGAUGCACUACACUCAGACUGUGGACAUUUGGUCUGUGGGCUGCAUCAUGGCAGAGAUGCUGAAAGGCAGACCUCUUUUUAAAGGCAGCGACCACCUAGAUCAGCUGACUGAGAUCAUGAAGGUCACAGGAACACCAACUCAGGAAUUUAUAUUAAAACUAGAUUCUGAGGAUGCCAAACGCUACAUCAAAAGUCUUCCAAAGGUGGAAAAGAAAGACCUUCAGGGGAUGUUUCCCGCAACUAAUCCACAAGCCGUGUCUGUGCUUGAGCGCAUGUUACUGCUGGACCCACAGAGCAGGGUAACCGCUGCGGAGGCUCUCGCGCUGCCUUACUUCUCUGAGUUCAGAGAACCAGAUGAGGAGACGGAAGCACAGCUGUACGACCACUCUCUAGACAACGCAGACCUGUCCCUGGAGCAGUGGAAACGUCACACCUUCACAGAGAUCUUGACCUUCAAACCUGUUGUGCCAGAAUCCAAGGAAACCUCACUAUGAGACACCAAGAGUCGGCUAUGCAGUGUGGGGACCAGAACAAACUAACAUGCCUUUUUAUCUUGAUCUCAACUGAGAAAACUCUUUGAUGACAAAGCUUAAUGAAUGCCAGCGGAUGCAGUUCACAAAUCUCUUAAGUGCAAGCUGCUGUGUUUUGGACCUUCCAGUUGUGGGUCUUUGCAUCAGACAUUGUCAACUCAGUUGCUUUAAGUCAGGUAAUAAUAAAUGAGUGGUACAUAGUAGGAGAAUUUUUUUUUUUACCAAAUACAGCACUUGGUAUAAAGUAUGAAUCAAGAAAUGGCAAUUUAAUUUUUUUGUUUUACUAUAAAUAUAUUGUAGUCAAACUAAUACUGAAAUUCUUGACAAAUCCUGGUGAAAUUCAGUGUUUAUUAAGGAUGUUUCAUUUGAGUCAUUUGUAUCAGCAUCAUUUGCAGGCAGUAGAUCCAGGACAAUGCUUGUAGUGGAAGCAUGUAUGCGUGUGUGUGUAGUCUGCAUGUGUGCUUUGACUUCGUAAUUUCUCCCAGUGGCCUUUAGAUAACGGCAAAACAAGAGCAAAAAACACUCAGCUGCUGCGAAAUCCAUCCCAUAGCAGGUUGUGCAACAUUCACAUCUUAAUUUCAAACCAAAAGCAGAUGUUAGUUAUUUCCAUUUACAUUGUUUUUGAAUCAGAAAGUAGCACAAAACAUGAUGUCUAUGUUGAUUUGUGAAUUGAUGUGUCUAACAUCACUCCUGAGUUUGUAUUAUUAAAGAUUCU